AUGUUAUCUGAAAGUUUCUCCAGCCUCAAGGGUCUCCGCCCCUCACAGUAUAUCUUCGGCAUGCAGGCGAUCCCACUCGUAGCCAGCGGUAUCUUCACCUUGUUCUGGCCGUCAGCAGCCGCGGCUUUCCCAAACUCCCCGCUGAAGGAUAUCAGCAACGGCACAAUACAAGCGAUCAGUCUAACGUCUCUCUCACUGGGAUCUUUCUACACGAUCGCCGCGUACCAAAACAACACCCCAAUGAUGAUCGUUUCUGUUCCCGGUAGACUCCUGGCUGCUUUUGUAUUUCAUCAAGCUGGCGGGGGAUGGCGCGACGUUGCUCCUUUCGAGGGCGUAAUGGGCCUUUUCACGGCAGUGGGUAUUUAUUGGGAUUGGGUCGCUGGCCGCUCAGCAAGGGAGGUUAAGGAAGAAUGA